ACUAGUUAUUUGAUACGCAACAUUACUAUGUCUUCCACACGACUAGUACAAUACUUUUAUGAGAUUGUUAAACCCGAUUAUGCGUAUAUGGUUCACUUCUAAUUUCAAACUCGGUUAUGUCUUAUUUUAAACACUUUUUUUUCUCUUCGGCGAUGUUUCGUUUUAAUUUCGAUAACCACUUCUGUACAGCCUUCGAUUGCAGUUGCAUCUAACCAUGCAUUCUGAGAAGAUUGACCGUGAUUAAUUGAGAUUCAGUUUGAAAUUGGCUACACAUUAUUUGCCAAAAUAUUGUUUAGCCACGAAAAAGAAAACGUAACACAGUGAAUAUGGACCAAAUAAUUCCAGCACAAAAAGUUGCAUCGUCAUCAUGGAAGGAUCGAAUAAAAGGAUGCAUUCGAAGAGUAUGCCGUGCUCAAGGGUUGAAUGUCUUUUAUGCCACUUUGUGUGUGAUUGAUUUGUUUGGUGUAUUUCCGAUUGUUGCAUUACCCGGCGCUCUCAUUUCGUGUGGUUAUUAUGGCAUUCCACUGCUAAUAUUUGUGUUGACCAUUCAAGUGUAUACGGCAAUUGUUUUGGGCCGAUGUUGGAUCAUUGCGGAAAAACUCGAUCCAAGCAUUACUGAUAAAAAACGAUGCCCGUAUGCUGCAGUUGGUGAACUUAGCUAUGGCCGUAGAAUGCGCACUUUUGUCAAUAUACUGCUCAAUGUAACGGUAUUUGGUGCAGGAAUUCCAAAUAUUUUAGUUGCGUCGCAGAAUUUGCAAUUGAUUGGUCAACGUAUUAGCAAUGACGAAUUUCAAUUUUCAUUUUGCUAUUGGUUGGUUCUGUUGGGUAUUGUUUUGUGCCCGGUGAUGUGGCUUGGAAGCCCAAAAAAUAUGAAGACAAUUGCUAGCGUAUCGGUGGUGACAGUGCUCACCACUUCGAUUCUCAUUUGGAUCGGCAUUUUAGAGGAUGACAGCAUAUCCAGUGAAUCUUUCGAGGGCAUUCGACUUGAUCAGCCCGAUUACAUAACAAUGCUAAAAGUGUAUGGAAUGAUUGCGUUCCAAUUCGAUAUUCAUCCAAUGUUGAUGACCAUUGAAGUGGAUAUGCAAAACAAGCGUGGAAUCGGAAAUGCGGUAUGCUAUGGAUUAGCAGCAACGUGCACAUUGUCUGUGAUUACAACGAUAUUAGCCGCACAUCAGUAUGGCAUAUCAACAGCGGCAAACAUACUGGAAAUGUUACCGAAUACCAAUUUACUGUAUGUGGUUACAUUGCUUGUAACGGUGCAACUGUGUUUGUCCCAUGCCGUAGGUAGUUCGGCACUCUUUCAAAACAUUGAAGAAUUUCUGCACAUACCAAGAGAUUUCAACAUAUGGCGAUGCAUUCUUCGAUCGAUUAUAAUCAUUUUGGCUGUAACGAUUGCGGAAUUGCUUCCUCAAUUUGAUUUGGUAAUGGGAAUAAUUGGUGGAACAUUGACGGGUCCAAUGAUUUUCAUACUACCACCGCUUUUUUAUAAUAAAUUAAUUCGAAUGGAACGGGAUUAUGAUGAGCAAAAUGAGCGAGAAACCUUCAAUCGCCAAUUGACGAUCGCCACUUCAGAUGAUGAUAUUUUCAACAGUGAUCGUGAACAAGAGCUACGACGAAACAACCAUCACUACAACACCACCACCACCACCGUCGAUAGCUAUGGUACGUUUGCCAAACAGCCCAACCGAUUUAUACCACGUCAAGAGUGUUUGCUAUGCUUCUGUAAUGACUCAUCAAUUUGUAUAGCGGUGAUUGUGUUUGGAUUAAUUGUAACAAUCACAUCGACAUACUUUAAUGUGGUGACCAUAUCAAAUAAUUUCGAUGAUUUUAGGUCACCAUGCAUUCAAAACAUUAGUGCAUCAUUCGGUGAACUUUGAGUCGUUUUUUUGUUGUUGUUAUUUUUUUGUUUCAUCAUUUGAGUUGUUUUUGUUUUGAGUAUUUUCGUUUUCGCUGCCAAUAAAUAAGGACAAUGAACUGGAAUUAAGAAAAAAAAAGUGCCAAAAUUAGCAAAAAUUUAUGCUUGUUAGGUAUUUAAAAUUGUCACGCCCCAUCCAUUUUUUUUAUAUCGUACCAGGUAUUUUUUCUUCUCUGUAUUCAUUUCAAUUUUGAGUAGCAAGGAAAGAAACAGAAUGUCAUUUUCUAGGAAAAAAAAGAUUAUAAAUCAAUGGCUUAAAAAUAUCAUGAGUUUUAUUUCUGGUUACACGGUGUCCGACAUUGAAUUCAAAACAAAAGGUCGAUCAACAGGUAAUAAGCGCAACAACAACA